UCUCCAGCCUCCGCCUCCUCGUCUCCUUCUGGCCAGUGCCCGGCGCGGAGCUCGGAUCCGGCCGUGCGCUUCCCGCAGGCGGCACGGAGCAGCGAGGGUGCGGGCGGCCGCGGUGGGCGCCGUCCUCGUCGGGGCCGGGCCAUGAAGGUGGAGUUUGCGCCGCUCAACAUCCCGCUGGCGCGGCGGCUGCAGACGGCGGCGGUGCUGCAGUGGGUCCUGUCCUUCCUGCUGCUGGCGGAGGUGUGCGUUGGAGUCGUUGUGGUAUGGAUCAUAUACAACUAUUGGUUCCUUUACGUCCCUUAUCUGACAUGGCUUUACUUUGACUGGCGGACCCCAGAGCAAGGAGGCAGGAGAUCCAACUGGGUCAGAAAUUGGACUGUUUGGAGGUACUUUAAGGACUAUUUUCCAAUUCAUCUCAUCAAAACUGAGGAUUUGGAUCCGAGUCACAACUAUAUAUUUGGGUUUCACCCUCACGGAGUAAUUGUGACUGGAGCCUUUGGAAAUUUUUGUACGAAUUAUUCAGACUUCGAGAAGCUGUUUCCUGGCUUUACCGCCUAUCUUCAUGUGCUCCCGUUUUGGUUCCGAUGCCCUUUCUUCCGAGAAUAUCUGAUGAGUUAUGGACCAGUUUCAGUUUCCAAGAAAAGUGUGUCGUAUGUGCUGAGCAAGGAGGGAGGUGGAAACAUUUCAGUCAUUGUCCUUGGGGGUGCGGAAGAGUCACUGGACGCCCAUCCUGGAAGAUUCACUCUGUUCAUCCGCCAGCGGAAAGGAUUUGUUAAAAUUGCUUUGACCCAUGGCGCACAUUUGGUCCCAGUGUUUUCUUUUGGUGAAAAUGAACUGUUCAAACAAGUUCACAAUCCUGAAGGCUCAUGGAUUAGAACUGUUCAGGAGGCACUGCGGAAGAUCGUGGGGUUUACUUUGCCCCUCUUUCAUGCCAGAGGAGUUUUUCAGUACAGUUUUGGCCUAAUGCCUUAUAGGAAACCUAUCCACACUGUUGUUGGCCGCCCAAUCCCUGUUCGGCAGACUCUGCACCCGACCUUGGAGCAGAUUGAUGAGCUGCAUCAGACCUACAUGGAGGAGCUAAGGAAAUUAUUUGAGGAGCACAAAGGGAAGUAUGGUAUUCCAGAGCACAAAACUCUCAUUUUUAAAUGACUUUACUCUUACAAGGCAUAAAGGAAGACAAGAGAACAUCUUAUAAGAGAAUAAAUACUUUAAAUCAGUUUAUUGUUUUUCUUUUGACUAUGGAAUCAGAUUUGUAACUGAAAAGCAUUAUUUAUGGUGAUAGCUGUUGAUGUUUUAUUUGUCGUAAGUAAAAAUACAGUACAUGACUAUAGGAUAAGGUUGGAAAUGACUAUGAGACCUUUAAGAACUCUUCCUUGCUUGGGAAGGCUAAAUCAUUUUACAGGUUAUGAAGAGAGAAUGAUUCAUGUGCUCUAAAAAAAAUGACAGCUUCAAAAAAUAAUUAGACUCUUUUUAUUAAAGAUCACAAUAACUUAAGGUGCUGUUUUCAUGAAAUAUUAAAGCUAUCGUUCAGCACAGCUGGAACGUUUAGGAGACAGUGUAAAACAAUUUGCCAUAGAGAGCUACAGGAGAUAAUCUUUUUUUCUGCUUGAACAGGCCAUUUGUUAGUGAAUAAUGUUACUUUUAAUAUUUAGAUGACUUGACCCUUUUGAUCAUGUCAACCAACGCAUUUUUUUUACAGUAGUGCCCAAUUUUUAUGACAUUUUCGAAAUAGGAUGAAUCUGCCAUGUGGAAACCCAAGUGGACAAGAGCAUGUCUCUCAUUUCUGUUCAUGAUUAGAAACACGUUCAUACGCUAUAGACAAGGAAGUUUAUUUGGAAGACAUGCUUUUGCACAUGUUUUAGGAUGUUGGACAUUCCAAAAGGUUUUCAUGAUAAUAGAAAUAGUUUUAAUUUUCUUUCCAAAUGGCCUUUUCAUUAUAAAACAGGCUCUGAAGGAAAGAACCCUCUCUGGUGAGAUGUAUCCACUUCACAUUUGGCUGGGGUUAUGAGUCUUUUCUGAGCCAGAAUGGGCAGAGAUCUCGUCCUUCCUGUUCACUGAUAUCUCCCCACUGCCUGGGUCAGUCGGCCCACAGCACUUAGUAGGCACAAAAUAAGUACUUGCUUAAUAAAUGUAUUUAUAGUUGAAUAUACAGACAGACUUUGCCAUAAAGUGAAGAAUGUUUCAAGCUGUUCUAUACGAUGAAACCUGUUAUAAGACAAGCCCUACUUUCAAAAGGAGAUAAUAUGCUAUGACUGAAUGUCCUACACCAGUAAUUAACAUGUUAUACUGUAGGAUGGUUCUUAGGGAGGAGGUCAGAAGGAGUUUUCUGAUUGUUUGUCACCAAGUGUUAAGUAACUAGUCAAUUAGGUGUUUGUGGGCAACUUCACUGAGUUGCCUUCUAACUUGUUGAUAGUAUGUCUUCAGGCUUCUAAUUUUUAAACAUUACACUCUGGACUAGACCCUGGAUUGGGUUGAGUCAUGGCAAAACAAAGACACAGCAAAAGUGAACAUUCUCAAUUGUUCAACGUGGCAUCUCUUUGGCCUAAAUUCCUUUGCUUUCACACUAGCUGAGUGAGCCAAGAGUCCAUUAACCUGGGGGCUUGAAAUUAGUUCAAUUUUUUGUCAGAGCAGUGUCCUUCAUUUACUAUAAAACCCAUGAAUUUUAUCCUUUUGGACAAGUUUAUUAAAAGCCUGUGCCGCAUAAGGAGGUAUGACCAUCCAAUAUCAGCUGUAUUAUCUAGUAGGCACUUAAAGGCCAUGGUUAAUAAAGCAGAGGCAUUAAAAUAUGAGAAAAUUUGCUCUCAUGCACUUAUGUUUUGCUAUUAAAAUGUCUAUACAUGAACAGCAUUAAUUUUGGCAUACAUAAAAUGUUAUUCUUCGGUACAUAUGGCAGAGGGUGAGGAGAGUGGGGUUAUCUCUUAACAUUUUAUGAUCUCUAGAGGUCUUAAUCCAGCCAUGCCAGAAGUCUUCUGAUAUUCUCAGAGCAUAGUUGUAGGUUCCAUAUAGUCCCACAGAUUGCAAAUGAAUUAUUUUAUAUGAAUUUUUGCUAUCGCACAAACAUGGGCCAUAUAUUAUAUUUACUAGCAUGGUUUGAUGGAGAUCUCUUUUAUGAUAAGAGUUCCCAUCUACUAUGUAAUUGCACAUAAAUUUUAAACAGCAAAGCAAAACAAUAAUAACAGAAAUAACCCUAGAACACUGUAAGAAAAACUAGCCUAUUGCCUUGGGAAAAUGUGCAUGUACACUGUUUGAUUUGGACAGUUUUCCCCCUCCGUUUCCAUUGCACACUGGGUGCAAGCUGAGUCAUUUCCUUUGUCUUGCGGCUGGAAGUGUAUGAAAUUGUUGGUGACCAGCUAAGUCUGUUAUGCUCAAGUUGAAAGUUAUAGCUUCAAUGCUUAUUUAUGAAGGGCAGCCAGUUUUUCUCUUUACAAAGGGAAACCACAGUGAAGGAUGCUAGAUGUUUUAAUGCAAAUCCUUUUGCCACUACUGUGAAAACAAUCAAAGUGUGUAUAUUUUAGGGAUGAUGGGUGAGCCUUUAUUGUAUGUAUAGGAUUAAAAGUGAAAUCCCUGCUUUCAAAUAGACGAUACAUUUCCAUUACAGGAAGCACAGAGGUGGAAUCUGUCCAUAAUUCUGCAACUUUACGUCUCUUUCAAACUACCUCACUGAUGCAGA